CAAAGCUUAAAUUAGAAUUUCAUCAUCUUUAGAACAACUUCUCUAGCCUUCCACUGUUCCACAUAAUUCAUCAUCUUCCAUUUGGCUUUGGGUAACACACGUCCCCCCUGUUUGUGGCCAUGGCGUCGAGCCUGCCAAGGCACCCUUUAAUACUCUCAAAAACUCAACGCUUCAAUCACUAUCGCAAAACCCUUAAACCUAAUUUCGUUCCUAUUCGCCAUGUGGAUUGUAUUCGGGCCUUCAGGCGCAGCGACUUUGAUGGGUUCGCCAAGCGUGUGACCUCUGGAGAGGCCUGGAGAGACGUCUGGAGGGGGGCUAAUGAUGGGUUUGAGCAGCUCGUGUACGAGAGCAAGAAGACAGCUGAGCGUAUUAACAGGAGGUAUGCUGUCUCGGAUAGAUUCUCGGAGGUGACAAAUUCUGCGGCAGACCGUGCCCGUGAACUCGACCGCGAGUUCGGAAUUACGCAGCGGUGGCGGACUUUCUAUCUUGAUUUUAGUACAAAUUGGCCGACGUACAGGAGGCAGUUCAGUGAUUUUCUUGAGACGCCGUUGGGCAGGAGUUUUUCUACAAUCUUCUUCGUUUGGUUUGCUCUGUCAGGAUGGCUAUUCCGGAUUCUGAUAUUCGCCACUUGUGUGCUUCCAUUUGCUGGUCCUCUUCUAAUUGGGGCUGUGGCCAAUAAUCUUGUUGUUAAGGGAGAAUGCCCGGCGUGUAGGAGGCAGUUUGUUGGAUACAAGAGCCAAACGGUUCGUUGUGUAAGUUGUCGAAACAUUGUAUGGCAGCCACAGGGUGACUUCUUUUCAAAAGGCAGCCGAGGUACCACUCCCUCUUCGAAAAACAAUGAAGCGGAUGUCAUUGAUGUUGAAUUUGAAGAGAAAUAAAGAUCACCAGAUGGAUAUUGAUGCCCUCUACAGGCAGUAUUCAUAGGCAAUGAUGUAAUACUAAACAUGAUAUAAUAAUGAUAUAGUACAUUUUUUUUUUUCACAUCACAAAUUACCAGGUGUCAAGUAUCCUAUGUAUCAUAGGUGAGGUAUGAUGUCUUAUUAUUUUUAGGUUGAGAAAUGAAAGUAACAUCACUUUUGUUGUACAAAUUUUUCAUCAUGAGCAAUUGUGAAAUAUUUUUUCUUUCUUUUGGA